GGCAACGUCUCUUUUAUAAACACCCAAAAUUUCCGAAUGCGCAGUUUUCGUUGCAAUGCGCAGCAAUUGCAAAUUGUGGUAUUUUGUUAUUGAGUUUUUAAAAUCAAUCGUGCGUGCAGCCUGAUACACUUGAACGCCUUACACAUAUAAAUGUACAUACACUCACCUACAUACGUACGCGCUCAACUUCGCUCUUCGCAUUUGCCUUCGUCGCUGUCGUCGUCGUCGUUGUUGUUGCCGCUCGCUCUUCGUCCAGUUGUGGGGCGGCUCAAAGCUUCAGUUGGGACCAACUUUAUUUAUCAAAACAACGUCAUUUGCGUAGCGCGGUCUCGCAUUUCAUUGUGUGUCUGGGUCUGGUCUGUGGCUAAUUCUGUGCCUCUGUGUCAAUUUGUAGCAACUGUUGGUGUGUGGGGGCAGAGCUUUAACGAAAUACAGAGAACGAAAAAAAAAAAUAAGCAAAAGAAGCCCUAAAUUACAUGCAUAUUAAAAGCCAAGUCAAAGCCGCUUGCAACAACAACAAUUUUUCCAAUUGGUGUUGAGCAUUUGUGGCCGAAACUUGUUGCUUAACAACAGUUCGAUCAAGGGUGCAAGGGCGCGAGGUGCAAGUGACGCACGUCAAUUAGAAAAAUAUUGUGAAAUUCCUAGUAAGCGCACCAGCGCACAGAAACCGGAACAAAAUUGUGGCAAACUGGAGAAGUGGAAGAGAACACGAAACUCUACGAAGAAGAUGGACCAUCAUGGCGCUGGCGACAGGGCGCGUGGUGGUACUGCUGGCGCUCACUCAGCUACGGCGACAUCGGUGACUGGCCCUGGCAGCGGGAAUGCCACAGCACCCGCCGAUAAGGCAACAAUUCUGGAAGGUGUGCUGCACAACAUCUUCGAUGGCCUUACAGACAAGGACGAGGGCGUGCGUCAGGCCGUGCAGAAUGCGAUUGUGAAGAUCUUAGAGACACAUCCCGUGCGUGCUACGGACAUUUUGACUGAUUACCGUGAAAAGAAUGCCAAACUAAGCGAACAAACCGUUGGCAUACUUCUCGACUCCAUUCGUCUUGUGGUCACCGAAAGCAAUCAAUUACCCACAGAAGCCAACAAAAAGCUAAUUGCUUUGGCACUCGAAGAGCUCACACGCUCCGCCGAGCACGUACCCCUCAUACAGAAUCAUGCUCUGAAUAUCCUUGUGGCGAUUGGUCGUGGCAGUGAUUGUGCUCUGGUCAUGGAUGCUCUGCAAGCUCACACCAGCGAGGAUGCUGUGCCGCAUUUCAUGCUCAUGCAGUGUCUGGGCACCCUGGCCACGGCAAAUGUGGCGGGUGUGGUGCCCUACAUCAAGGGCAUAUUGGCCAGAAGUUUGCCGCAUUUGGGCGGCAUUAAGCAGGAUCAUGUGAAGCAGGCGCAUGCCUAUGCCAUUGGACGUUUCAGUGAAGCGCUGUUGGAGCACUCGAGUGCACCCUCAACGACACAGUCGAAUGGUGAAACAGGCGAGGGGGAUGGCAAUGGAAAUGGAGACGGUAAUGAGGCCACGGAACAAACGGUCAUUGUGAAGCCGGAGGUUACGACGAAUUGUGCCACAGAAAUAUCCGUUGCCUACGAUGUGCUCUUCAAUCAGUGGCUGCACACCCGCGAGCCAAAGGUGUGCGUGGAGAUUCUGCAGGCAUUGUCGAGCAUGUACCCGCUAUUGCCAAUCGAUCGCAUUCAGGAUCAAGCGCCGCGCUUAGUGCCUCAAAUUUUGGCACUCUAUCGACGAUCCAUUGAUCGCAAUGCCGUCACGCAAUUCUUGUCCUCCGUGCUCAAGACGAAUAUUACUCUUCAGACGGAGGUGUUGGACAAUGUGAUUGAUGCAUUGGUUACACACCUCUUCGACUUGGUCUGCGUCUAUCCGGACUAUGAGAAACCACAGACGGUUAAGGGUCAUUAUGAGGUGUUGCGUUGCUUUCAUCUGCUAACCAGUGUCUAUGCGACCAAAAUCAUGGAUACACUGCUCAUACAUUUGCGCAAUAAUAGCGAAAGGGAUCGCAUCAAGUCCCUUUUGAUACUGACCCACUUGCUCAAUAGUUCGGCCACGCAUAUUGAAAGCAAACUGCAUUCAUUCAUCGAUUGCCUCAAACAGAUGAUUGGCGCUGAGCGCAGCAUUAAGAUGAAGAUGACGCUCCUGAAGACAAUUGUGGCCCUGGCCCAGAAGACCUUGAUACGCGACAAAGAGUUUGUAUGGUUCAUUGUGCGUCACAGCUGCAAAUACACAAAGGUGAAUCAGGAACACGGAUCGCUCGAGGAACAUGCGAAUUUUGUAAUUAGCUGUGAGAAUAUGCUGUUCAUGCUCGCCUCCACGGUGGGAACAUUGGAUGAGCUGCUAAAGCGGGAGCUACUCAACUAUUUUGUGCUGUUGGACUACACGGAUAUAUGUGGGAAUCUGGCCAAAUGUAUGGCGAGUUUGUUUGCCAAAUCGCCGCACAUUGAGUUCGAUAUUGCAAGCGCCGAGGAGGAGCAACAAACCGCCAGUACUGAGGCGGGCGCAGCAGUUGCCGAAGAUAAAACGGACAAAACGCUGGCAAUUAAGCGUGGCAAGAUAGUAGUGCCAGGUGCAGAGACCAUCUAUGCACGCUGCCUGGCCCUUCUUGGCAAUCAUCAGUGCAUCAAACGAUCCUCCAAUAUACUCUCCUUCCUGAAAUACUAUCAUCCGCAUAUAAACCCAGCAUUGGAGGAGCUCUGGUCCCGUCGCAUAUCGGACCUGUUGCUGCACAUCAACAAGGAAUCAUCCUACAUGCAACAAUUGCACGAAUUCAUAACCGAAACGAAUGAAUUUCUGAAUACACGCGAUGAGCAUUUUGCCCAGAGAUUGGUAAAUAAACUGGCCGAUCAAAUGUAUAUGUAUCCGAUGCAAUUGCCGCACUCCGAGUGGCAUAUACCCGAGCUAGGUGCCGAGCGUGGAAUGCUUCUGCAGGCGGUGGCAUUGACGCUCUGCCAAGUGACGGAUGUGCCCACCAUACAUACGAAAAUAGAUUUAAUUGUGACGUCUGCGAAGCAGGAGAAACUCGACAAGCAUGUGAAGCAUGCGGACUAUGAGCGUCGCAUCGAGCACUGUGCUCUAUCCUUGGGCUAUAUUUCGCGGAUGCAUUUGCCACACCUGAUUAAGAAAUUGGCUGAAUUGGCGCACAUUGGCGGGCGGAAGCAUUCGACGGGCUUCUUCAGCAAUUUACAUUUCAUCAAGGACACUCACAAGGAGCUGGAGAAUUACAAGACAAAUUUGCUGGUGGUGAAGGCAUUUGGGCGCAUCAUGGAUGAAGCAGAUCCUUUGCAAUCUCUUCAGAAUUUGGACGAUACCAUACUUAACUUUCUGAUAAUGCAACUGACUGGCAACAAGGAUCAGACCAUUAUGUCGGCCAUACUGAAGACACUACUCAGCAUAUGCAAUCAGAUUAUAGUUACCAAGGAGGAGCUCACCUCCCCGCUUAAGUAUCGCAAGCAAAUUAUGGAAACGGUAUUUAGUAUACCAAUCGAAGCGCCGUUCGAUGAUUUGCCGUUGUUGCCCACAAUUCUGAAGCUGGGCACCGAUUUCAUACGGAUCGGUGGCGACGAUACCACCGAGAGUGUGGACGGGGGCGUCAUUUUUGAGAUUGCCUGCAAGAACUUUUUUACUUGCGCUCAAAAGCUGAAGAUGAAAUUCGACUCGCAGGAGGAGGAUGAACGUAACAGCUUCUUGGCCAAGCACUUAAACGAAUCUUUACCAGAAUUGAAUGCAUUGGUGCGCGUCAUUGUGGAAAUGGAUCCAUCGCCAUCGACACUGGAUCUCAUAAUUUCAAUAUUGGAGUGUUGGACACGUGAUAAGAACUCGGAGGUGCGCAUCUGCGCCAGUCAUGUCUUCAACAAUACCCUAGACGUUUACAUUAAAUCCAUGAAGAUUGGCUGCGAAGCACCCUCGAAAUUUAACCAGACUGGCCAAAUGCUGGGCAAGAUUGUGCCCCGCUGCAUAGAUUCGAAUGGCACCGUUCGCCAGGUGUCUGUUGAUAUAUUACAAAAGACCCUGGAGAUCUCAUGCAUCUACGAAACGUUGACCAUUGCCGACAGUAGCGCUGACUGGGUGAAGGAAAUAGAGUCUAUCAAGGAGCAAAUCAUCACAGAUGUGCCCAAGCAAAUAUACAAUCUAGCCGGAGAUAUAGCCAAGGUUAUUGCGCAACGUAUUUCAAGCUUCCAGUAUCUGCAGUUCUGCAAGACACUGCUACAUUCUCUACGCGAUCCGGAGCAGAGCUCCACCAUCGGCGCUAGUGUGGUCCUCAAGUUCUUCAUACAGCAAAAGGGUUCCGAACUAUUCCACGCAAUACCCGAUCUGGUCAAGGACAGUCUAUUGGCUCUACAACUAUGCGAUGUUAAUCGCGCCAAGUCAGGCGUUCUGAAGGCCCUGGUGGCACUUACCAAGCACCAUCCCAAGCUAGUCUGUGCCGAGAUGUUGUGCCAACCAUUGCCCUACGAUGAGCAUAUGGUCGAGUACUGGCAUCUGGUCUGCACCGAUACUGAAUUAACUGGGGUUAUAUUGGAAAACUUUCUCCAAAUACUCAACUCAUCGUGUAUCUAUGAGCCUCAGGAUGGAGCUGCCGAGCGGCCGAAAGUGGCCAGCGUUCAGCCAUUUGCCAUUUUCUGCGCACUGCAUGAGAUGCUGCCUUGCAAGGACAUACGCGUGGAGCUGGACCGCAAAUUUGCAGAGCUAUUUACCAUGUUGCUCACCUCGUUGGCCACCUACACCAAUCUAGGACCGCCCAUGUAUACAGGAGCGCGUAGUUUGUCACCGGGCGGUACAUCGGCGGUAGCUGGCUCUGUUUCAUUGAACUCCUCCAGUACACUCGUCAAUGGCAGCAAGUCAAAGUUCGGCUUUGUGCCUAACAAGGACACCGUUAAGCUGAAUCCCUGCCAAAUAGUAUUGGAAACAUUCCAAGCAUUCCUCAACAAUCUCGAAAUGGAGCAAAUCGCCACAGUGCUCACCGUAAACACCCAACUGGCGAACAGCGUCGACUGGCACAACUACAUCGAGCUAUUGACUCCGAUGGCCAUUGGAUUGACGAAUCAAUUGCAGAUCAGUUCGCCGCAAAUGAAGCAAGUGGUGCAUGCCCUCAGCAAAUAUGUGUCCUCGCCCUACGAUGGACAGCGUGUGGCUGCCGUUGGUCUAUAUUCUCGCAUUGUGCCACUUAAACCGUGCGGUGAACUCGCCACUACUAUUAUGUUGCAUCUAAGCUCGGCCCAAAGCGAUCCGAAUGCCGUGGUGCGCGGUCUCAGUCUUCAAGGCAUGGGCUAUGUGGGGCAUCUGAGUGAGCACGAUGUGCUUAAGUAUUCGGAGACUGCCAUUACAGCGCUGCUGAAGGGCAUCGAUGAUACAGUCAGUGAUUGCCUGAUCAAUAUACCCUUGGAGAGCAUGCGGGGUCUGUCGCGCAUUCUGCAGGCACUGCCCAGUGAUCGUGUCGAGUCUUUCCACGUCUCAUUGGCCAUACGCAUCAGGCCCUUCUUUGGAAGCUACUCAUUGGAAAUACGCGAGGCGGCAAUCAUUCUUUUUGGGGAUCUCUGCGAGUCCAAGAUGUCACUCAACGAGGGCAGCAGCUCACCCACCUCAUCGAUUGAGGCAUUGAAGGAGCAGCUCUUUGCCAAUCUAUUUCCACUCAUACUGCAUCUCAGUGAAAGCGAGUCGGCCAUCACAAGAGCCUGUAAGGGCACUCUCCGUCGUGUCUGUAAACUCCUUCACGCGCCCAAAGUCAACGAGAUGGCCCAGCGCCAUUUACUCGAUCACGGACAGCUUAACUAUAGUGUGUUUAUUGUAGACUUUGUUAAAGUUAUUGCUAUGGAGUUAACUGAACACAUCCAGGACUUCAUAGAAUCCUGCAUACCUAAGCUCCGCAGUCAGUGGCCAGAAGUGCGUGGCAGCUCGGCCAUUGUCAUAGGCAUCUUACAUAAUUUCCUUAGCGAACGCAACACGCAAACGGAAUCGGUGGGCAGCAAGAUUGCCAUGCUGCUCAAGGAUGAGAGUAAUACGGUCCGGGUUAGAGCAGCUACAGCCCUGGGAUAUUUCUUUGGUGACAUUUAGGAUGAAACGAACGAAUGAACAGCGGCAACUGGAACGAAAGCAAAUAGCAAGAUGACGAUUAAUAAAGAGUUUCAAGGGACCCAAAAUUUAAUGUUACUUUUAUGGCUAUGCGCAUCCAAUGGACUGCGUGUUUUUGUGUAUUUUUUAAAUGAUUGUGUAUCUGUGUAUAAAAAUGAUUAGUAUUUCUCCCCAAAGUGUGAUCUUAAUGCUGCCUAAGAGCGGCGCCUACGCGCCUGGCGUACAUUUUUCAAUUAAUACAAGUAUGUUGAUGUUUUGCCCCCUUUUUGUUUUGUUAUACAACGUUUAUACAUUAUAUAUAUUUAACUAUAUAUUUCUAUACCUAUAUAUUUGUAGCAUAGUCUAUUACACGUUAUUAUAUUGUAUUUACAAGUAUUUAUGUAUUUCUAUUAAUCAGCAGAGCGCCAAAGAGAAAGAGACAGCCAUAUAUGUUUACGUAUGUAUGAGCGAAUAGCAGCGCUAAAUCAAUUCCAUUAAUAAAACUGGUUCAA